GCUCAGGACCUGCUCGUUUACGCCUCGGACGCCACGGGCUGACCUUGGCCGCUGCUCGUUGGCUGUUCUUGCUGACCUUGGCCGCUGCUCGUUGGCUGUUCUUGCUGACCUUGGUCCAGGGUCGGAGCCGAUGGCAGCUUGGGCCGCCGUCAGCCUGAGCAGGGUCGCUGCCCGGUGCUUGCUGGGGGCGCGAGGCCCCGGGGUACAGGCGGCUCUUCCGCCCACCCUCGCGGCUUCCCAGCCUGAGCCCACGGGCUGUACCCCCACUCUGGGCAGGACGCUGCACCUCACCGCGGCGGUCCCCGCCGGGCACAACAAGUGGUCCAAAGUCCGGCAUAUCAAGGGUCCCAAGGACGCCGAAAGGAGUCGCAUCUUCUCCAAACUCUGUUUGAGCAUCCGCCUGGCAGUUAAAGAAGGAGGCCCUAACCCUGAGCACAACAGCAGUCUGGCCAACGUCUUAGAGGUGUGUCGCAGCAAGCACAUGCCCAAGUCAACGAUUGAGGCAUCGCUGAAAAUGGGGAAAACCAAGGAUGUUUAUUUGCUGUAUGAGGGCCGAGGCCCUGGUGGCUCUUCUUUGCUCAUUGAGGCAUUAUCUAACAGUGGCUCCAAGUGCUAUUCAGACAUCAGACAUAUCCUGAACAAGAAUGGGGGAAUGAUGGCUGAUGGAGCUCGCCACUUUUUUGACAAAAAGGGGGUGAUCGUGGUUGGAGUGGAGGACAGAGAGAAGAAAGCUGUGAACCUAGAGCGUGCCCUGGAGCUGGCAAUCGAAGCAGGAGCUGAAGAUGUUAAGGAAACUGAAGAUGAAGAGGAAAAGAACAUUUUUAAAUUUAUUUGUGAUGCCUCUUCACUGCAUCAAGUGAGGAAGAAGCUGGACUCCCUGGGCUUGUAUUCGGUGUCCUGUUCACUAGAAUUCAUCCCCAAUGCAAAGGUGCAGCUGGCUGACCCCGACCUGGAGCAGGCCGCCCUUCUCAUCCAGGCUCUUGGCAGCCAUGAGGACGUGAUCCAGGUCUAUGACAACAUUGAGUAACCAGGCUCUGUGUGCCCCCGGAGGCCUUCCUAGGCAACUCGCAGCUCAUUCUGGAGCACAGGCUUCUGCAGCGACUCUGAGACUGAAGCAGAUUGGAGGCCUAGCAGGUUAGGAGGCAUAAAACCAAGACCUGCAGCUUUUUGGCCAAGGGAAUCACCAUCUCUGUGGGGCCUCUUUGUCAGCUCUGCUGGUGUCUCAGAGCCCUCCUGGCUACAGGGUGGAGCCAGCCAGCUAACCAGACUCCCUGAUCUUAGUAAGUUGUCCCUUGUGGGCAUGGCAAGUGCCCUGAGGGCCUUUGUACUAGAAAUUGCUCUUAAAUAAUGUAACUGAUCUGAGUUGCUAUACUCCUGUUGUGUGACUCUUGAGUUUCCUGGGUUUUUGUCCAGCUGUGGGGAUGCUCUUGACUUCCUUUGAAGUCUAUAGGUUGAGUUCCACUACUCCAGUCCCAGGCCUUUUUUUUUUUUUUUUUUU